GGGGCUCCCCCAUGAAGAAAAGGUAUCACUUUCAAAGCUUUUCAACCAUGAAACUGUUCCUGCUCACUCUCUUCGUGGCUUUGGCUCUGGCCACUGGUUCCCCGGCGCGUCUUAACCGCACCAGCCUGCUUCCCCAGGUGACUCUUUCCCAGGACGGUCGCAUCGUCAACGGUUAUCCCGCUGCCGAGGGCCAGGCUCCCUACAUCGUGGGUCUCCUGCUUCGCUGGGAUGGAAGCAACAGUGCUGCCGUUGGAGCUGGCACCAUCAUCGGCAACACCUGGGUCCUGACCGCCGCCCACUGUCUGACCACCGACUACGUGGAGAUCAACUACGGAUCCCUCAACGCCUGGAACGGCGCCUUGAAGGAGACCGUCCGCAGUGAUCAGUUCAUCAGUCAUCCCGACUGGCCUGCCCAGAGCGGUCAUGACAUUGGUCUCAUUCGUACUCCCUUCGUGACUUACACCAGCUUGAUCAACAAGGUGGCUCUGCCCAGUUUGAGCGAGCAGAGCGAUCGCUUCGUGGACACCUGGUGCACGGCUUGCGGAUGGGGUGGCAUGGAUGAUGGCAACCUGGCCUCCGUCCUGCAGUGCAUGGAAGUCCAGGUCAUCAGCAACAGCGAGUGCGAGCAGUCGUACGGAUCGGUGGCCGCCACUGACAUGUGCACCCGCCUAACCGACGGCAAGUCCGGCUGCGGUGGCGACUCCGGCGGUCCUCUGGUCACCCAGGACAACCCUCGUCUCGUGGGAGUGAUCGCUUUCGGAUCCGGCGAUUGCCACAGCGGUCCCUCUGGAUACACCCGCGUCUCCGACUACUUGGUUUGGAUCCAAUCCAACACCGGCAUCUCCUACUAAACUCGUUAGGAUUACUUCGGUUUUUGAACAAUAAAUAUCUUUAGAAAAUCACUUAUUAUUUUUUAAUUUGAGUUUGGGCUAGAAGGGGUAUGAUGGUUUUUUAAGAAUCUACAAAAUAGAUAUUCGGCAUGUAUUUGUAAGCAGUCUUAAGAACAUACUUCUCCAUUGAAACUUUUAAUUUUUC